UUCUUCCGCAGCGCCCCGUUUCAUCAAGGACCCAACGCGCAUGUGCACUCAAGAUUCGUCCACGCCCAACUACGAUUUCUUGAAAGUGGGAGUCGGCUGUUAAAGCGUGUCGGGAUCGGAAGCUCGGCGAUCGGCUUAUUGGCGGAAAAGGAAAGAAGCGUCCGGGCCCAAACCUAUCGCUUGCCGAGCUCGCCGUCGCUUCCCGUCAUCUUUUCUGCUCAGGCGCCGGCGCUGCUGUCCGAACGUUACUCGAGAUGUUUCGCAACCAAUAUGAUAACGAUGUCACUGUAUGGAGUCCCCAGGGUCGAAUUCAUCAAAUAGAGUAUGCAAUGGAGGCUGUCAAACAAGGAUCUGCAACUGUUGGGCUAAAAUCAAAAACCCAUGCCGUUUUAGUUGCCUUAAAGAGGGCACAAUCUGAACUGGCAGCUCAUCAGAAGAAAAUCUUGUAUGUUGACAACCAUAUUGGUAUUUCCAUUGCUGGACUUACUGCUGAUGCAAGACUUUUAUGCAAUUUCAUGCGUCAGGAAUGUUUGGAUUCCAGAUUUGUAUUUGACAGGCCUCUUCCAGUAUCUCGAUUAGUGUCUCUGAUUGGAAGCAAAACACAGAUACCAACGCAGCGUUAUGGCAGAAGACCAUAUGGCGUAGGACUUCUUAUUGCAGGCUAUGAUGAUAUGGGCCCCCAUAUCUUCCAGACUUGCCCUUCUGCAAAUUAUUUUGAUUGCAAAGCAAUGUCCAUUGGUGCAAGAUCCCAAUCAGCUCGAACUUACUUGGAACGACACAUGACCAAGUUUUCUGACUGUAAUCUGAAUGAGUUAGUGAAGCAUGGACUGCGUGCUCUGAGAGAGACACUUCCUGCUGAACAAGAUCUAACUAUUAAGAAUGUUUCUGUUGGGAUUGUUGGUAAAGAAAUGGAGUUUACAAUUUAUGAUGAUGAUGAUGUAGCACCAUUCCUGGAAGGACUGGAAGAAAGACCACAGAGAAAGCUUGCUCAGCCUGCUGAAGAGGCAGCAGAAAAGCCUGAGGAACCAAUGGAGCACUAAAUUGCACUGCAUAGCGUGGGUUACGUCAGAGAGAAUAGUGCGAGGAGCAUUAUUUGUAUUGUGGUAACUUAACUUUAAGAUUCAAGGCAUAAUGUAGUGGUAAAACACCAGUGUUUAAAAUGAAUUACCAAAAACAAAAACCUUUAUGUU